AUGAGUGGCCACCGGGGGCCCCUUUUCCGGAUUUGUUUUGGGGCCCAACCAUUUGGCUGGUUUGGCUGUGGUGCCGGUGAGCCUGCGACAGCACGCCGAGCUACAGCACCCCGAGCUACAGCACCCCGAGCUACAGCACCCCGAGAUACAGCACCCCGAGCUACAGCACCCCGAGAUACAGCACCCCGAGCUACAGCAGAGCCGAGCUACAGCACCCCGAGCUACAGCACGCCGAGCUACAGCACCCCGAGCUACAGCACCCCGAGAUACAGCACCCCGAGCUACAGCAGAGCCGAGCUACAGCACCCCGAGCUACAGCACCCCGAGCUACAGCACCCCGAGCUACAGCACCCCGAGCUACAGCAGAGCCGAGCUACAGCACCCCGAGCUACAGCAGAGCCGAGCUACAGCACCCCGAGCUACAGCACCCCGAGCUACAGCACCCCGAGCUACAGCACGCCGAGCUACAGCACCCUGAGCUACAGCACCCCGAGCUACAGCACAGCCGAGCUACAGCACCCCGAGCUACAGCACCCCGAGCUACAGCACGCAGAGCUACAGCACACUGAGCUACAGCACCCCGAGCUACAGCACCCCGAGCUACAGCACGCAGAGCUACAGCACACUGAGCUACAGCACACCGAGCUACAGCACCCCGAGCUACAGCACCCCGAGCUACAGCACCCCGAGCUACAGCACCCCGAGCUACAGCACGCAGAGCUACAGCACACUGAGCUACAGCACACCGAGCUACAGCACCCCGAGCUACAGCACCCCGAGCUACAGCACCCCGAGCUACAGCACGCAGAGCUACAGCACACUGAGCUACAGCACACCGAGCUACAGCACGCCGAGCUACAGCACCCUGAGCUACAGCACAGCCGAGCUACAGCACCCCGAGCUACAGCACCCUGA